CAGCUGGGAGGAAGGACAUAAUGCAGGAAGCAAAUAAAGACUCUGAGAUUCAAUUGAGGAAUUGUAAGAUUUUACCAAACUAAUCGGUUGUUUGCAAUACAUAAAUUCUUUCUUUGCUAUGCAUGCCUCCACCUCGGUCAUAAAUGCUAGCCUUAAUUGUUGUGAAACGGUGCUGUGAUAAAAUCAGCUACAUGCUUUAAUGAAAAAAAAAUUGGAUACAAAAAAUGUGCCAACUUAGCUUGAUAGCCUAUAAAGCCAUUUCGUCACUCAGAAAACUACCAACAUACAUUUGCUGUAUUGCUGGAAGCUUUGUUUGGUCUGUGGUGCACCCGACUCAACAACUGAACGAUGUGUAUAGCUUUGUUUCUUUGGCAAUGCCACCCACUGUACCCUUUUCUACUUUUGAACAACAGAGAUGAAUAUCACAGUAGGCCUACGAAGCCUGUGUGUUGGUGGGAAGAUUGUGAUAUAUUGGGAGGAAGAGACGAAAUAGCAAUGGGAACAUGGUUGGCUUGUUCUACGCAAGGAAGGGUGGCUUUUCUCACCAAUGUUUUGGAGCUUCAUACCCUCCCUGAGGCCAAAAGUCGUGGAGACCUACCCGUUCUAUUUCUCAAGAGCAGCAAGCAACCGAAAGAAUUUGCAGAAAGCCUGAAGUCAGAGGCUCAUUAUUACAACGGAUUCAACUUAAUGUUGGUGGAUAUUGAGUCGAAAUCAAUGGUGUACGUCUCGAACAGGCCAAAGGGACAAGCUAUUACCAUUGAAGAGGUUGCACCAGGGCUGCAUGUACUUUCAAACGACAAGUUAGAUUCGCCGUGGCACAAGUCUCUACGGCUUGAAUUAAGUUUCAAAGAACACGUUGCCAAAUACGGGGAAGGCGAAAUUGGCGUAAAGGAGGUGAUUGAAAAGGUAAUGAAGGACAGAGUUAAAGCCGACAAAAGCUUACUACCUCGAAUAUGCUCACCUGAUUGGGAAUUCAAUCUCAGCUCCAUUUUUGUUGAAGUAGAAACGCCACUGGGUGUAUAUGGAACAAGGAGUAGUGCUGCAUUGACCGUAAGAUCAAGUGGGGAAGCAAGUUUUUAUGAGGUUUAUCUGGAUGAUGCCAAGUGGAAGGAACAUGUAAUCGAUUUCCAUAUUGGGAAGUUGAAGUAGAGAACAGUCACACGGAUGAAUUGGCCUGGGCAAGAGUAAUAUAUGACACAAUUCUAGCUUUAGUAUGCUCAAGUAAUGAACUCUAUCAUCAUUCAUGAAUGAGGAAGAAUCAAAAUCAAUUGAUCCAGUUUCUUCAUAUUUAUGUAAUUCAUGUUUGAUGAGAUAUGCCGUGAAUAAGCACUGGUAAUAGAGUGCAUGCAUGUAUGUGGAUUAUUAGCCAAUGAAAUAUAGUCAUUGAUAACAUACAAAAUUGCCCACAUAGGAGAAAGCUGCGACGAACCAUGAAUCCAAUAUUCACUCACGCUGCAAUAGAUGACACAAUUCC